GAUGUUGAGGUAGAACUUUUGGCCCACACCAGGAAUGUGAUCAGCAAAGACCUGGAGGAGGAGACAGGUCUCCACACAGGCUGGAUCCAGAAUGGAGGACUCUUUAUAGCCUCCAACAAGCAGAGGCUGGACGAGUAUAAGCGCCUCAUGUCGCUGGGUAAAGUGUACGGCAUUGAGUCCCAUGUCCUGUCACCUGCUGAGACCAAGGACCUGUAUCCUCUGAUGAAUGUUAAUGAUCUGUAUGGAACAUUGUACGUGCCAAAGGACGGUACUAUGGACCCAGCAGGAACCUGUACCACUUUAGCCAGAGCAGCAACUGCCAGAGGAGCCACGGUGAUUGAGAACUGUCCUGUGACUGGAGUUAAAGUAAGAGAAGACGACCUCGGGGUGAGGCGGGUGAAGGCGGUGGAGACACCCCACGGAACUAUUGAGACACCGUGUGUAGUAAACUGUGCAGGUGUGUGGGCCACCAAACUGGGUGAGAUGGCAGGAGUCAAGGUUCCGCUCAUUGCCAUGCAUCACGCCUAUGUGGUGACAGAGAGAAUUGAAGGCAUACAGAACAUGCCUAAUGUCAGGGACCAUGAUGCAUCAGUGUAUCUGCGGCUGCAGGGUGAUGCCCUGUCUGUGGGCGGCUACGAACAGAACCCAGUCUUCUGGGAUGAGGUGUCUGAUAAGUUUGCCUUCAGCCUGUUUGAUCUGGACUGGGAUGUUUUUAUGCAACACAUUGAGGGAGCAGUGAACAGAGUUCCCUGUCUGGAGCAGACUGGUAUUAAGUCCACUGUCUGUGGUCCAGAGUCCUUCACAGCAGACCACAAGCCUCUGAUGGGAGAAGCUCCAGAGGUCAGGGGUUUCUUCUUGGGAUGUGGCUUCAACAGUGCUGGUAGGUGAUGCACUAAGAUAAACAGGGGUGAUGAAAGAUAGCGGAAAGUACAGGUUGUACAGAAAUCUUUUCAUUUCAAAGGUAACCAAAAACAAGUGUUAAAUCAAACAAAAACCCAAACAAUACCAAGGUGUUGAACUUCUCCUUGAGAAAAACUAAAAGGUCAGAGAAAUCUUCAGAGAUGCCCUUUGGUAAAAUAACAAAAGCAAAACCAGUGGAAAGGGCUGAUAAGUGUUUUCCCAGACUUUCAGGCCUGUGUUUUUGACUUCCUUACAUUUAGCCUAGUGGAGCAGUGGUGGCUUAGUGAUAAAGGAAGCAGACUUGGAUCUAGAAGGUUUCAGGUUCGAGUCCAGCUGCCAAGUUACCACUGAAGUAACUGCUUCCCGGGCGCUUAAAGCUGCCCACUGUUCACUUUGGUGAUGGGUUAAAGCAGAUGGGUUUUCCAACAGAGGUCAUGACAUGUGACCUCUGCAGGAUUGGAGUGGUGGUGAACCUUCCUGCCUCACUUUUGUUUAUUUCUGUAUUUGAAGCUUUUGUUUUUUUCUUUUGGCUGGCUGUUAUACAUUCAUUUUUUGUUUAAGUUUGUUCUGUUUACUCUUUAGUGUCUUUUCUUAACUUUUACUCUGUUUCAAACCUCUUAGUAUUUGUGACUGGUAUUAGCAUGUUUGUGGUCUAACCUUUAGCAGUCCUAAGCUAGUUCACAGUGGCUGUACAAACCUGAAUUAUUUUAUUUUCCUCUUUCCUUCCCUUUAACUAAUCUCAUUUACCACAUUUCUACAUCAACUAGAUCCUAGUGAUCAAGUCAUUUAGUUGGCUUUCCCUUUAGCUACAAUGGCUUUCUGGUAAACUUAAGCUUAUUGCAGACUCUUAGCCUUCCUAUUGGCUAAACCUUAGCAAUUUCCUUGCAAUUUUAAGGUGACUUGUAUUGACCAAAGGCUGUUUAUUAGCAAUUUUGGCUAACCUUUAGCUUUCUUUAAGUAACUUUUAGCUUCUUACAUUUGGUCUUAACUUACACUUCCUCCUCUUUGUACACUGCCCCUCAUCAGUCAUCACUACAUUUGAUUAUAAACAGCAUCACUGUCAUUGUUGACACUUCGUCAUAGAUUCUAAGAAUUUGAGUCUUCUAAUGAAAUAUGCAGUGAUCCAAUAUCUGUGACAGUUUGUUAUUUUCUCCUUCCAUGUUCUACAGUGUUUGUUCUCUGGCAGCCGUGUUGUUCUUAUCCUCUGUGUCAAAACAAACUGCUGAGUUUACAACUCUGGACUGUUUGUUGUCAUGAUGGCUGUUUAAUUGCCCAGGGCUGCUCCCACCUCUUACUCAGCAGCUUCCUUAAGUCUUGCUCAUGAUCACAGUAAUGAGCACCUUCCCUAGGAUAAAGCUUGUGCCCUGUCUCUGUCCCUCAGUAGUUUUGUUCACGGUGCAAAAGUGAAAAUGGCCUGAAAUUCUGCCAGUGAGUUUGUUAAAGCUCACUGGCUCCAGUGGUACAAAACCUUCAUCCAUAACUUUAAACUUCUUUAAAAAGCAAUGAUUGGAUUGAACACUUUUGUUCAACACUCUUAUUUUCAAAAUAACGAGUCAAUUACAAACAUUCCUAUGAAACACUGAAUGGUUACUGAAUUUCCCAAGAUGCCAAAUUGUUUUCAUGUAUUCAGUACUUUUGGAGUUAUUCAGGAGCACCUGAUAAAAAACUACACUGAUAAAAAUAUUCAUUAUUUAUUAUCAGGGCUUUUCAGAUUAAUUGGAAUGAUGUCAUAGUUUCCAGAUAAUAGGCCAAAAAUGAUCAGACCAAUAAUUAUUGUUCACCCCUAAUAUAAAUC